UUCGCAUCUCCUGUGUCUCUCUCCACCUCUGUCCUACACCCCCCUGACCCAGUCCAGUACAGAUCAAUCCCCUGGACAGGCUUGCCUAGAGUAGGGGAGUUAGUUCCACCCUCGGGUAGUGGAUUGUUGAAUGAAGUCCACUGACGGGUUUCUGAGUUGUUCUCACUCCAGCUCCCUAUCCGAGGGCCAAACCAUCUAACAUCGAUACCUACGGCGUUGCUUGUGAAACUUUGCCGGCUCUAUUUUGAGCAACACUAGGUCGUGAUUAUUCUCCUCUGAGCGGCAAUAAGUUGUUCCACAGAUUCAGAAUUCCAGGUUCAAAUGUCAACGGGCCUUACCCGUGCAUGUCUUCGUUGCAAGCUUACCCAGAAAAGGGCCCAAGCAGAUGUUCAACGCACAUGUCACCGCCGUGCAGAGACAUCACUUAGGUUCUCGCCUCUGGAGUACACUUACCCUCACAGCUCCCGCCAAUGCGUGGAUCAUCGAAAGCACCUUCAACCUACAGUGGUCUCGGGACUUGGCGAACCUGCGAAGUUCUGUCCAUCGAGGCUUCACAUUUCCGACAUGACAGGAAGCACGCCGGGGUUUGCAGCAUCAGAAGCUGCUGGUCUCUUACCUCGUGUAUAUACGGUGACACAUGACGACAUGACGGCAGACCUAUUUUUGACGAUUAGUUCAGCCGUUGACGUCAAGCAGCUAGAUGGAUGGUCAUCGAAACUCUUCCGCGACGAAGUCGUAGGGGAGUGGAAAGUCCGACAAAAGGCUGAAGGCGACGUCCAAUAUUCUCUACACCUGCACUGUCAUGUCAGCGGAUCUCAUUCAUUUCUCGCACCCCCUGUCAUCCGAAGCUGGAUAUUUGAGAGGGAAAUGCCACUGGUUUUGGAGUCGAUUAUGUACGCGGAGAACUCAUUGCUCGCCUCCAAUCCAGAUCUUACCGCUGCAACCGUAUGGAUUCAUUACCACUCCCACUCGCCCAGCUUCGACAGAGCAGACUGCUGGGGUCCUCUGCACAGCAGCCUGUCUCGAUCGAAGGAUGAAACGACACUUCUAGAUGUUCUGGGCAUCUGCCUAAGAGACUUGUUACGCUGGCCAUUUGACGACCCAGGCGUUCCGACUGUUCCUACUUCAGCAGUUCCUCUUCAGCCGCACUUUAAUCCUGUUAGACAGCUCCGACCACAAACUCUGGCUCUCAUUUCCAGGAAACACCCAGAGCAAGUGGUCGUUCCCCUGGUGCUGGGUUUCGUUUACGUUUUGAAUUGUGUAUUUCUCAUGAACGUUCUUGCUGCUACAAUGCAGUGAGAUCCAUCAAUUUGUCGAUGCAAACUUGCAGCUGCUGCUGCUGCCAUUCGUGCCAAGGGGUCAGCUUUGUUGGCCAUAGC